AUGUCCUGUGAAUCCUGCCUGCCCGCCUUGAGCUGCCGCACCAGCUGUGCCUCCCGGCCCUGUAUACCCAACAGUUGCCAUGGCUGCACCCUGCCCGGAGCCUGCAACAUCCCUGCCAAUAUCGGCAACUGCAAUUGGUUCUGUGAGGGCUCCUUCAAUGGCAACGAGAAGGAGACCAUGCAGUUCCUGAAUGACCGCCUGGCCAGCUAUAUGGAGAAGGUGAGGCAGCUGGAGAGAGAGAAUGCCGAGCUGGAAAGUCGGAUCCAGGAGAGGAACCAGCAGCAGGACCCUCUGGUGUGCCCUGCCUACCAGUCCUACUUCAGGACCAUCGAGGAGCUGCAGCAGAAGAUUCUGUGUGCUAAGUCUGAGAACGCCAGGCUGGCCGUGAAGAUCGACAAUGCCAAGCUGGCCUCUGAUGACUUCAGGACCAAGUACCAGACCGAGCUGUCCCUGCGUCAGCUAGUGGAGUCAGACAUCAACAGCCUGCGCAGGAUCCUGGACGAGCUGACCCUCUGCAAGUCUGACCUGGAGGCUCAGGUGGAGUCCCUGAGGGAGGAGCUGCUGUGUCUCAAGAAGAACCACGAGGAGGAAGUCAACACCCUGCGCUGCCAGCUUGGAGAUCGCCUCAACGUGGAGGUGGACGCUGCUCCCACUGUCGACCUGAACCGUGUGCUCUAUGAGACCAGGUGUCAGUACGAGGCCCUGGUGGAAACCAACCGCAGAGAAGUGGAGGAAUGGUUCACCACACAGAGCGAGGAACUGAACAAGCAGGUGGUGUCCAGCUCAGAGCAGCUGCAGUCCUGCCAGGCAGAGAUCAUCGAGCUGAGACGCACAGUCAACGCCCUGGAGAUCGAGCUGCAGGCCCAGCACAACCUGAGAAACUCUCUGGAAAACACCCUGACAGAGAGCGAGGCUCGCUACAGCUCCCAGCUGUCCCAGGUGCAGUGCCUGAUCACCAACGUGGAGUCCCAGCUUGGUGAGAUCCGGGCUGACCUGGAGCGUCAGAACCAGGAGUACCAGGUGCUGCUGGACAUCCGGUCCCGACUGGAGUGUGAGAUCAACACAUACAGGAGUCUGCUAGAGAGCGAGGACUGCAACCUCCCCUGCAACCCAUGUGCCACCACCAACGCUACUGGUACCUCCUGUGGACCUUGUGGCGGCUGUCAAAAGCGUUGCUGUUAACUGAACAACUUAGAUCCCCUUGGAAAAUGUCAAUGAAGCCAUUUAGUUAAAAUGCAGGAACAGUCUCCAGGUGCCUACUUAGGCUGGACUUCCAUCGCCAUUAAGAAACAUCACCAUGACAACGGUGUUUGCCAGAAACUUACAGGUUUUGCAGAACCAACAAGCAAAGACAGCCAUCUUCAACUUCCGGACAAGCUCCUUCAGUUGAAGGUUGAGCCUGUUUGCUGCUGAAGGUGUCAGACCUCUGCAAUCUGAGCUCUGGGGCUUACCAUAGAGGGCGUUUCCUGUACAUGCCUCCAU